AUGUCACUUUCGAAUCCCUUAAACCUACUUCUCAUCCCUCCCAUCCUCUACCUCGCUUAUCGUCUCAUCUUCCCAUCACCUUCAACAGAUCCAUCAAUCAUCCCCUCCAACUACUCCAAUGAGAUAUACAACUGGAUGCCUGCUAAACAUCCGGAAGUAUUAGUAUAUAAGAAAUAUACACCGGAGGAACUAUCGAUAUACGAUGGGAAGAAUCCAGGGGAAAGGAUAUUACUUGCUAUCAUGCGUGUGGGGAGAGAUGGUGUAAUCAAGGGAGGAGAAGAGAGAACGGUAUUUGAUGUGACUUCUGGAAGAAGUUUCUAUGGACCAGAUGGUAUGUACGGUAACUUUGCUGGAAGGGAUGCUAGUAGAGGUAUGGCCAAGCAAUCCUUCGACGAUGAUAUGAUUACUCCGUUGGAUCAACCAUUGGACUUGUUAUCAGAUCUAACAAAGUCUGAAAUAGAAAAUAUGCAAGGAUGGCACGAACAUUUCGAAAGAAAAUAUAUCGUUUGUGGAGAAUUAGUCAAUGAGAAGCGAUAA